AUGCGCAAGUACAUCAGUGAGUUCCGGGAGCACCAGGCACGGCAGCCCUCAGGAUGGGCAAACAGCGAAGGGUGGCAGGUGGUGCCGCCCGUGGGUGUGGCCACCUUCGACUCACGCGGCCCCGGCAUUGUUUAUGUGACCAUCGUGCAAUUUGAGUCCGGGGCCGGGGGCCCGCAGUUGCUGGCGCGGGGUGUGGCCAAGAGCCGGGCAUGCACACUGGUGGUGGCGGAGGGACAGGUGUGGGAUGCCCAAGACCGGUGGUGCGCGGGCGAUGAGGACUGGCUGGUGAAGAUGUCAGCGACUUGGCUGGCCGAUGGCGCAACACGUGCAAAGGCAUUGGCAGCCAUCAAAGCUGUUCGUCACCCGCAGACACAGGCGCAACUGCUGUCCAGGGUGGCUGGACAGCUGCAGAGCCUGACGAUGCACGAGAACAUGCACAUCCGCUGCUCAGCAAGCGAAGCCCUUGCGAACCUGCAGGAAAGCGACUUGCAGAAUGACGUGGCGGUGCAGAAGAAGGAAUUCAAGAGGGGCGAUUGGGAAUCAAGUGGCAUGCAGACAGACCAGCCCAAGAAGCACCGUCUGAGGCCCACGGAGGGGGCAGGCCACAUGGUCCAGAAAAAGCACUCGGGAGGAAAGGACCCUGCAGCCCCAAUGGAUGGCGCCAAAAGACAGCCAAGGGACCUGAGAGAACUCCCAGUGUCCCCCCAAAAGGCAGCCAGGGAUCCAAAAGAUCAGAGGGCUGGUGGGGAGGGGCCAAAGAAGCAGGACAAGAUGCUAAAGGAGCUUGCCAAGCAGGUGGUGGCGGAGCGGCGGCGGGGGGACGAAAUGAGGAGCCAGGCGCUGGAGCUGAAGAAGCAGAAUAGAGAGAUGAAGGAUGCCAUCAUUCAGAUACGCGCCCAGGUGUCCAGAGAUGAGCUCAAGGCUCAAGUGGAGUCCCUUAGGCGGCACAACAAGAAGCUAAAAGAGGCGAGCGCCAAGAGCCUGGAAGAACACCACAGGUUUGAGGGUCUGGCUGUGGAGGUGGGGCGGCUUAGGGAGCGUAACAGGCGGCUGGAGGAGGACGUGGCCGCGCUCGAGGCAGGGAGGUGGGAAGGGGGAGCGGAGGGAAGCGGGGGCAGGAGUCCAACAGGGGGGAGCGUCGGGCGGGGGCAGCAGAGCGGAGCGAGAGACUUGAGUGCUGAACUUGAUCGAGUGAAGGCAGAGAAUCGUGAGCUACGAGAGGCCAACUUGCGGCUGCUGGAAGAGCCACCCACCUACAGAAAUGCCCUGGUCCAAGGGACCCAAGGAGCGAGGGCGGGGUGGGGCAUGCUUGAGGAGGCUGUGGUGGGCUUCCACCUCUGCGAGCAGAGCGCACUGGAGAUGGAGUGUUUCGAGAGAUACUUCGAGGAUGUCCUGAGCAGGCGUGAGCCCACGCAGGAGCAGAAGGCCGCCAUGUUGGAUGCGGCGGCACAGGGGAGAGGGUCCAGCCUGAGGCUGCUGCUGGGCAUGGGCUUGGACCCUAAUUUCGUCGACGAGGAGGGCGACACCCCGCUGCACAAGGCGGCCCGCUAUGGGAAGGAAAACGCCCUGGCCGUUCUCCUUGACGCUGGCGUGCUGUGUGACGUGCAGAACCACAUCGAGUACACGGCAAUGCACUGGGCUGCGUGUUUUGGGCGCCUGGGCGUUGCCCGCCUGCUGCUGGGCCACGGCGCCAACGCCAAGAUUUUUGCAAAGGGUGGCGGGCCGUUGCAGAUGCCGAGGGGCACACCCGCCAGGAUUGCCAGCAAGCACGGCUACGACGAAGUGCUCGAUCUGCUCAAGGAAGUUGUCGAAGUCGAGGACCAUGAGGAGAGCGAAGACGAAGGAGUGGAGGACCAUGUCGACGAAAAAAUCGACGACAAUUUCGUCGAAACGUUCAAUGGCAAAAAUGGAGAAAACUUUGGGGAAAAAAUGGAUGAAAACAUCGAUGGAAGUUUUGGCGAAAAAUUUAGUGAAAACAGCGACAAAGAGCUCGAUGAAAAGAGCGACGAGGAGGAAGACGACGAGGAGGAAGACGACGAAGACGACUAUUUCGAAUGGGACCACCCGUGUCUGGAGCUGUCCGGCAGCCUGUCGGGCGCGUCUGGGCAGGGGGCGCCCAGCUGA